CACCGCCGCCAUUAUGGUCGCCAUGUUUGGGUAACUCUUCUCGGCUCUCUGUAUGCAGCAAAACGGGAUCCAAAACAAGUGUUUUUCGAAAGUUUCAUUAAUACUGAUCUUGGUAUAAGUACAUCAGCACCUAAGAUCUGUAUUUAAAGCUAGUACGCAUUCUCUCGGUUGACCUUAGCCUGUGGUAUGGGACUUUUCUGCGUUGUUCCUGGCUGCAGGCGGUAUGGGUACAGAGACGAUGAAGGCCGAAGGGUCUCGUACCACAGCAUACCGGGCAAAGAGAAGUUGCAGAAAUUGUGGCUCGGCGCCAUCAACAAAAAAACGCCAUACAACGUUCGUACUGCCAAGGUGUGUUGCAAACACUUCAAGGAGGAAGACUUCCUCAAGAACAUUAAAAGUGGGCGGCGGUUGCUGGUUGCGGACGCUGUUCCGUCAGUCAUGCUUCCAGCAGACGGACAGACAGAACCUGCAGUCGCCGAAUCCCCUUCUUCAAGCGGUGAGAUCGUACCGAACGCGGACGAACCCUGCAAAAAAGCCACUGCUUCGGAGAGUGAGGUCACACGUUGUGCUGACAAACCCCGUAUGAGAGUAAUUCGGUUGAGGAGCAGUGAGCCCGUUAACAAAACAUGCGAAGAUGCACAAGAAACAGUUGUCCAUUUUGAACAUGUAGUUCCCGAGAACAAUGCAAAGGGGCAGAUGGAGUCUUGGGAGUGCACAUCGCUGGCUCUGAAAUACCAAGUUGUGUGCCAGUCUGAAGCCCCGGUUAUAGCGGAACAGAGACAUGAGAGCAGCCCUGAAGUGCCGGCUGAAGUAGAAUUGAGCUGUCAGGAAGCCCCAUUACAAGUAGAACCUGACUGUUUGUACGGACAGCCCCAAACAAGCAGCCCCGAAGUGCCAGCUGAGGUAGAAUUGAGCUGUCGGGAAGCCCCAUUACAAAUAGAACCCGACUGUUUGUACAGACAGCCCGAAACAAGCAGCCCUGAAGUGCCGGCUGAAGUAGAGUUGAGCUGUCAGGAAGCACCAUUACAAGUAAGACUGGACUGUAUGGACAGCUACGAAUUAUAUGAAGCUCUGUCUGCAGAUAUAGACCUGAACCGCACCAACACUGAACGACAAGGUGCAGGACUUAAAGAGAUGGAAAGAGAACUUCGUGAAGCGAAAGAAAAGGUCGCAAUUCUCGAAGAACAGCGCAGCAUGCUCCAGGUAAGAUGUCGCGAGCUUGAAGCACAAAGGUCGACAUUCUCGAUUGAACACUUGAAGGACAACCGCGCAGACUUCCAGUUUUAUACUGGCCUGCCAAGCUACGAAGUCUUCAAGGCCAUUCUCAAGUACCUGAAUCCUGGAGAAAAAGGAUCAAAUAUCGAUUUCAGGAUAUCUUCGAACGAACCAGUGGAUUACGACCUGCUCUCUCUACCCAGCAUCGAAAACCAGUGCUUCCUCGUGCUUGUAAGGUUAAAGCUGGGUCUGUUGAUGCGGGACCUGGCAUACCGGUUCGUUCUCGACGAAUCCACCGUCCAGAGAGUGUUCAGCGCCUGGAUAAGUUUCAUGUACCAACGGCUCAGUGCUCUUCCACUAUGGGGAUCGAGACAGGCAGUCAGUCGGAAGAUGCCGGAGGACAUUGCCAAGAAAUUUCCGAAGUUCCGUGCGGCAGUUGAGGUGACCGAGAUCGGGUGUUCCAGCUCUUCCGGUGGCACCAUGAAAGGGCUGAUCGCGAUGUCACCCGACGGACUAGUGUCUUUUGUUUCGCCCCUCUUCCCAGGAGGGACUUCAGACCGGGACCUGGUGACAGAAAGUGGGUUCCUGGAGUUACAGUUUGACGCUGGUGACUGUGUGAUCGCGCGGAGGAGCUUUUACGUUGCAGACCUCCUGAAGCCUCUGAAGGUGAGGCUGUGUGUUCCGCCAAAAGAGAAAACGACUCUAAUGAACCAGGAUGUGGUAGACGUGCAGAAGGUAGCCUUAGAGAGGAUUCGAAAGAGGGUAGAAGUUAUCAAGUCUUUCCACAUCUUAGACAGGCAGUUUCCGACAGACAUUGCUCCCAUGGCAGAUCGGAUCUGGACAGUGUGCUGUGUGUUGACAAACUUUCAGGGCCGUCGCUUGUGAGAUGAUCUCGAAAAGGCGAUAUGUAGCAGGUGCUGCCGCGAUUGGCGAAUAUUCUACACAUAUAUCAUGUUUAACUGUGAAUAAAUAUUUAUUAAUUUCGUCAUUAAGAAUGCCUCAGCACGGGGCUCUUUUGGAAAGUUUUGUUCACAAAUAAACAAACUGGUUCAAUGA